ACUAAGGGUAGAGAAUGCUCUGGGUCUAUGAAUGGUAGAAUUUAUUGUCUUGUAGUUUUGUAUCUGGUUUGUCGGACUGAAUUAAACUGGCUGUGUGAGGUAAACUAAAACAAUCCCAGAGAUAAGGAUUGAUUUACAUGUGAUAGCCACUGUGACCUGAUUUAUUUGGUUCUGAUGAAUCGAGUGGAAACAGAUUAACCUUCCACCUCGCAGACAACAACCAAAUGUUCCAGCCAAAGCCACAGAUAUUUGAAUGGUUUUUGCAUGUGUGGAUUGUUAUGGUGACGCCUGAGCAGCCCUGCAUCCUCGGUGUUCAUACAACUUGUGCAACUUCUGUUAACAUGACUACAUAUCUCUGCAUUCAUCUGAGGAAGCCAGAACGAUUAUUUAGGUCAACUGCGAAAGAACGGGGAACCUACGUGCAUGUGAAGGGAGGGGCAGGACGAGAGGUGAUGCGUCGGCUUUUGACAUCCCCACAGAGUUCACGAGACUCCUCUCAGUCACGGCUGUGAUGCUUAAUAACAACUGCAAGUCUUUUAAUAGGGAUAUUUACAUUUUGUGAAAACGUCCUAUCCUUUUGUUCAUCCACUCUAAAGAAAAUAGUUUUUAUUCCAUUAGAAGCAAAUAUCCACCACAUCUCCCAAGAUGGAUAAGUUUCGUAUGAUGUUCCAGUUCCUGCAGUCCAACCAGGAAUCUUUCAUGAAUGGGAUCUGUGGAAUCAUGGCACUGGCUAGUGCACAGAUGUACUCUGCCUUUGAAUUCAGCUGCCCCUGUAUGCCAGAAUACAACUACACAUAUGGGAUCGGACUGCUUAUCGUUCCAUCUAUAUGGUUCUUCUUGUUGGGUUUCGUUUUAAACAAUAAUGUGUCCGUGCUCGCUGAGGAAUGGAAAAGACCCGCAGGACAACGAAGUAAGGAUCCUUCGAUCCUCCGCUACAUGUUUGUUUCUAUCACACAGAGGUCCCUGAUAGCACCUGCAGUGUGGGUGUCUGUCACGCUCAUGGACGGGAAGAGUUUCCUUUGCGCUUUCAGCAUCAACCUGGAUAUUGACAGGUUUGGGAAUUAUAGUUUCAUAACCGCGAUGUCAGAGACGGAGAGGAUCAAACUGCUGGCACGAAUUCCCUGCAAAGACCUGUUCGAGCACCAUGAAAUAAGAAUAGCAACGUCACGAUACAUCAAGUGCAUUUCACAGGCAUGUGGAUGGAUGUUUCUGCUCUUGAUGACCUUCACGGCCUUCAUGAUCAGGGCCAUUCGACCGUGCUUUACCCAGGCCGCCUUCCUCAAGACCAAGUACUGGUCUCACUACAUUGACAUUGAGCGCAAGAUGUUCGACGACACCUGUAAGGAGCACGCCAAGAGCUUUGCCAAGGUCUGCAUCCAUCAGUACUUUGAGAGCAUCAGCGGUGAGAUGCGCAGCCUCCACAAGCAUCGCUCAUACAAGAACGACAGCGAUGAUGACGACGAGGACAACAGGAGAAGUGAUGAAGACAAGCUUCUGGGUAUCAGGGUCCAGGAUGAUAUGAAUAAAGUUCUGAGGAACUGGCACAACUGUAAGCCAGCUCUGGCUCUGAGAAAGGAGAAUAUAGAUGGUGAAAAAAAUGGCAAACUAAAUGGAGACGCUAAUGGUGGGAUGAAUGGGCAUGUGAAGGGACACCCCCCUGAUGUGGAGAAAAAGGAAUGGGCGGUGUAUUACAGUAAAGUCUGAAGGGAGAAGUCAGUCCAGUUUUCAGAGUUUCAGAGUUUAUCUUUUUAGUUUAGAAAACUAAAACAUUUGAUCCAAUUCAGUCAGAAUGUCUCACUUUAAGCAGUGUUUAAGAGCGUUUUAGAAACGAUAUAAAUAGGAAAUCAAUGUAUAAUUUGAAUAAUGAAACAUGAUAAGCUAAAAAUUAAAUAAAAUGUCAUACCACUGGUUCAUAAACAGUUAGCAUUUUCUCAGACGAUGUCUAGUUCUGGGUGUAGGGCAGAAGUUGUUGUAGUGUUGCCACGACUGCUGUGUGUUUUAUCUGUAAGUCAUGAUUUACUAAUGAAAAAACUCUGACACUUCUCUCAUGAGCUUGCCAAUAAAACUAACUGUAAAUUC